AUGGCCAAGGGGGCCAAGGCCAGCGUGCGCCUGAACGUGUAUGACCUGUCUGAACAGAACUACGUGCUGUACUGGAUGGGCUUCGGCGUCUUCCACACGGGCGUGGAGGUGUACGGCGUGGAGUACGCCUACGGCGGCCACGACUACGACGCUUCGGGCAUCUUCGCCACGGAGCCGCGCAAGCCGCCCGGGCCUGUCGAGUUCAGGGAGUCGAUUCCGAUGGGAGACACGGGGAUGGAGCCGGACGAGGUGCGGCGCCUGGUGUCGAGCAUGGGGCAGCGCUACAGGGGGAAUCAUUAUCAUUUGCUCCAGAUGAAUUGCAACCAUUUCGCCAGCGACUUGUGCAAGGAGCUGGUGGGGAGGAGGGCGCCGUCGUGGGUCAACCGACUCGCUGGACUUGCUGUCGUGUGUCAUUGCCUGCUUCCUGGUACCUGGGUACCCCCACUGAACACACCUUCCAAGAUGCCCGAGGAGGAGGAGAUCAGAGAAAGCAGCAGUUUCCGGAAUCACAGAGAUUCUGCACAGCGGUUGCUGUCAGGGAGCAGGAUGCGGUCCGAUGCCUACUCUGCAGGAGACAGUGGGAGCCUGUGCGACGGUAACCUUGGCAUUGAGAUUGACAGUGACAAGGAUCUGGGGCCGUCCGGCAGGAACAGAGGCACACCUGCAUCUUUGCACUUUGUGGACAAGUGA